UCACCAAAACAAAGUUUUUUUUAUUAAAAGAAUUCUUCUGGAAAGAAAUUGAAAUACUUAAAUCAGUUAUGUCAAGAAUGUAAAACGUUUACACGGAAAACGACCUUUUAGAAAUGGUCUUGCUGUAUCUGGGUAAUCGUAUUAUUUAUAUAUUGACCUGUCAAGUCACUAUGAUUUCCUGAAGUAUGAAGUAUGCAUGAUGGCUACCAGUGAUGGCAGUGAUGUAUUUAGCGUGUCUCCUGCUACUUAUAAGGAAGAGGAUUUUAUUGAGUUGAAAGAAAGAAUGCAGUUACUGUUUAAUGCAGAUCCUAGCCAGCUUCAAACAGAUGCCUGUCUUAAACGAUUUUUAAAAGCAUUUUUGACAGUUGAAGAUGCUUUUGAAGGUCUUGUGAAAUAUGUAAAAUGGCGUAAAGAAUAUGGUGUAGAGACCUUGAAUUCCACUCAUCCUGAUAUCCAAAGUGAAUUAUCAACUGGAAAAGUUUUGCUACCAGGCUUCAUGGAUAAGGCUGGAAGACCAACUGUUCUGGCUUAUGCCAGACUUCAUGACGCAUCCACACGGGAUUUAGACCAAUUAACGAGAUUUACAGUUUAUAUAAUUGAAACUGCAACAGCCAAAUGUGACGAGAGUGUAAUUGAUAACAUUUGUUUCCUAUUUGACUUGAAGGAAUUUAGCUUAAACAAUAUGGAUUAUGGCUUUGUGAAACAACUAAUCUGGUUACUUUCACGACGCUAUCCCGAAAGACUAGGAAAGUGCUUGAUACUUAAUGCACCAUUUAUUUUCUCGGGGUGUUGGCUUGUCAUUAAAUUAUGGUUAAACGAGGUGACAAGAUCAAAAAUAAUAUUUAUUAGGGAUAAGAACCAUCUUGAAGAAUACAUUGAUCAAGAAUACAUCCCAUCGUCUCUGUUCUCGUGACAAAAUUGCACGGAGCGUAAUUAUACUUUUAAUUAAAUAUUUUAUUUAAAAUAGUCCUAUUUAUUAAUAUUCUAGCUGUCAAAACAGUUUAUAGGUAUAUUUAUUACUCUAACGUAUUUAUGCUUGUGAAAGUAUAUGAGAAAUAAAUUUUUGUAAUUCA